AUGCAAAAUGUGCUUCGAUUAUCGCUUCGAUGGGGUCCUGGACGUGCUAACGGUGUCGCGUCGCUCUUUUUCUCAUUCUCCGCACAACAUCGGCUUCAUUCUUCGUCAAUUUUGACGUCGCACAUUCGCCAACUGAAAGCGUCGCAUCCCAGAUUUUGCUCAAACCUCAGCUUACGGAAGAUGAGUGCCGGGGAUGUCGACAAGUCACUUUACAUUCUACCAAACGAUUCACCGAUCUGUCCUCUUGACUGCGCUGAUGCUUUCAAAGCUUUGACGAGCAAAGAGCGGCUAUAUGCGCACCAUAUGUCAAAGGCUUCUUACAACGGAGCUUUAGCGGUCUUUCUGCAGGUAUCGCCGGAGUCUCCCGGCAUUUUCGUUACGUUUUUCAGACUGUUCAAAGCAGAGAGUUUGGAUUCUUUGAAAGAAAAAGCCAAAAAGUGUGGAUUCUCUGACGAAGAGUGGGACGGGUUUUUGAUGUAUGUGGCCGGAUUCUACUACAAUAACGGAAAUUAUCGCGGAUUCGGAGAUUCGAAGAUAAUACCUGGCGUUGAUAUGAAGAAAAUUGAUGCACUGAUGCGGUCAAGCGAAGCUGCCAAGCUCUCACCUACAUUUCUGAGAACUUGGGAAGUGGUGAGACCUGUGAUGGGUACUCUCGAGAGCAAGCAGCUACAUCUCGGCUACGGCGACAGGGGUGUGACAUGUUAUCAUAGCGAAAACAUCAAUGAGACUGAUGUCGAAAAGAUCGACAGAUACUGUAAAGCGAAAGAGUUGGAACUAUGGAACACCAGGCUUUUUAAAGAUUUCGAAAAGAAGAAUGGAAAAACCGUGUAUCGGCUGAGAUUGGCUAGCAGUAAGACAGAUGGAGCUUCUGAAGAAGAGUUCGAAGAUUCUAUCAUUGUUACUGAGAGAGGCGAUUAUUCUCCACUAAUGGCUAGAACAUGCUCUUGUCUUGCUAAGGCAUUGGAAGUGGCUGCAAAUGAUACACAGAAAAAGAUGAUUUCGAAGUAUAUCGAACAUUUUACCGAAGGAGAUGUAAAAUACCACAAGGACGGCUCACGCUUCUGGAUAAAGGACAUUGAACCAGUGAUCGAAAGUUAUAUAGGAUUUAUCGAAAAUUAUCGUGACCCUGCAGGAGUUAGGAGCGAGUUCGAAGGUUUCGUUGCUUGCGUUAACAAAGAAACUUCUCUUAAGUUCAAAACGCUAGUCAGUAAAGCAGAACAGAUUUUGGAACGGUUACCAUGGGGUAAACCAUACGAGAAAGACCAUUUCUUGAAGCCUGAUUUUACUGCGCUCGAUGUAAUAUCAUUCGCAUCCAGUGGACUUCCUUCUGGGAUUAACAUCCCUAACUAUGACGAUAUUCGACAGAAUGAGGGUUUCAAGAAUGUAUCUUUGGGCAACGUGAUAGCAGCGACUCCGAAGCAAAAAAUGAACUUCAUCGAUCAAGAAGAUGAGGAUCUUUUGCAUACCUAUCACAAAGAUUCCUUUGAAGUUCAAGUGGGACUUCACGAAUUACUUGGACAUGGUAGUGGGAAGUUGUUCCAAAGAAACGCGGACGGUACAUUCAACUUCGACAGAAACACUGUAGAUCUUAUCACUGGGAAGCCUGUAGCAACAUGGUAUGAGCCUGGAGAGACAUGGUCGUCGGUGUUUGGUCCUCUCUCGAGUGCUUACGAGGAAUGCCGAGCAGAAGCUGUUGGAUAUGUACUAUGCUGUGAUGCUGAUAUUCUAGAAAUAUUCGGAUAUAAAGACGCCAUGGCUGAGACUGUAAAGUAUGUCAACUGGCUGAAUGAAAUCCGCGCUGGACUGUUAGCCCUAGAGUUUUACUCUGCAGAGACGAAGAAGUGGGGCCAGGCUCAUUGUUACGCCCGUUUUGUGCUUACCAAGGUGUGCCUGGAGGCUGGUCAAGAUUUUGUUACUAUAACAGAAUGCGUUGGCGAGGAUGGUAAGCCCGAUCUGAAGUUUAAAUUAGACAAGAAAAAGAUUGAUGAUGUUGGAAAGCCUGCUGUAAACGCUUUCCUGGCUAAGUUGCAGGCUCACAAAUCUGCGGCAGACGUCCAAGGAGGAACCAAGCUUUUUGAAAAAUACGGCACCGUGGGUGAGCAGGAGUUACGGUGGCGCGAUAUAUGCAUAGCUCGACGAAAGCCACGAAGACUUUUUGUACAGGCAAAUACAGUUUUUGACGGCAAAGAAGAAGUUACACUGAAGUCCUACGAUGCUACAUCAGCGGGUGUUAUACAAUCAUUCCUAGAACGAUACGAGUCAGGAGCGAUUGACGAACUUGAGCAAUGCUGGUUGAAAGAUUUGGUUUGGUACCCCUCGCAUCUGAAAGGAACCGAUCAUCAAAAAUAAUAUUGUUACAUCACCUCUGCUCUAUCUUUUAUAAGUUAUAUGAUUCUAAGUUAUAAAAUGCUCAUUUUCUCGUCUUCAUUGG